AUGGCAUGGCAGGCCCACAUCGAAAGCCCGUCCACCAGUCCCUGGAGGCGUUGCUGUUUUGAAGGAGGCCACGAAGACGAUCGCCAGCGCUGGAAGACAGAGUCGUUGGUCACACGCCAUUGGAACCUUGUGGCAACUCCAGGGGCAGGCAGUCGAGGUCGACGGUAUCCUGUACACUGCAGCGGUGAGUGCCUGUGUGACUUGGCCAUGUCCUGGGACAAAAUAAUCAUAAAUAAUCAUAAAUAUACUGUUAAAUAA